AUGUCAGUCCCAAAAAAUAUAAAGAGAAAAAAUGUUGCCAUAAAAAAUGUUUUUGUAAAGAUUGUCUAUCCGCAUUUAUGUAAUAUUAUCAACGCGCAGUGUUGUAUCCGGCAGAAGAGGGUGCGAAGAAUCCCCAGAGACCCAGUCCAUGGGGUUGCGGUGCAAGGCCCUGUGGAUGGUCUGGCUACUGGCAUUCCACUCUAUAAUGUUGCGGUGCGAGACACUAUGGAUGGAAGGAUUACUUGUAGACCAAGGGGUUUGAGGUUUGGUACCUGGAAUGCAGGCACGCCGACAGGAAGGAGUUUGGAAGUAGGAGAGAAGUUGCAGAAGAGAUUGGUUGACGUGGCUGCAUUACAGGAGAUCAGAUGGAAGGGAGAGGGUACAAGGUUUGUGGGGGCUAAAGGUGGAAGAUAUAAGUUGUGGCGGAAGGGGGAUGAUGGUACGGGAGGAGUUGGUGUGAUGGUAAGAGAAGAGUUGGCGGAGAAGGUAAUAGUGAGGGUAAUAUCAGGAUAUGCUCCGCAACAAAGUAGGAAGGAAAAGGAGAAGGAUAGGUUUUAUGAUGAUGUUUCUGACGAGAUUGGGCAAGCGGGGUUGCAUGAGUUUGUGGUGUUGUUGGGUGAUUUGAAUGGUCAUGUGGGGGGGCGGAUGCAGACGGAUAUGAAGGUGUACAUGGAGGAUGGGAUUAUGGUAUACGGAAUGAGGAAGGGCGUAGAGUGUUGGAGUUGGCGGAUGCACAUAGCAUGGUAG